CGGACUUGAACGCGCUCAUAAACUUGGUGUCUCGCUGCAAUUGCUUGAAUUCGAACGCUCAUUGGAGAAUACUAGAAUUUUCGGAUAGAAUAUAUAAAUAAAUCCUGAAAAACUUUUUUUUUCGGAAGUUAAGCGUUGUUUCUGGAAAGAGGCUUGUAUUCAGAACGCGCUUUAUGAUAUAAUCGCGUAUUUAGCGUUAACGCCGUUAACAUAUGGUUCACAUUACUAUCAACGAGAUAUUCCAAUGAUAUGGGUGCAGCCACAAUUGGUGCAGAAGAAAUUAGGAAUAAAGAUUUUCUAUCAGAUCUCGGAUACACCGGAAUACACGAUUUCUAUGUACAUUUAACGAUUCUUGUUAUACAUUAAUAGGAUAUAUAUUUAUUCCAUGAACAGAAAUUACCAAUAAAAAGCUUAAUUUUUUUGUCAGGAAAAAUCCUGCAAGUGAUGUAUUAAUAACAUUGGUAGUAAAAGUACAAACAUUAAAUAAAGAUAUGAUUAUCCAGGAAAAAGGUCAUAUGUAUUGAGUAAAUUGAUGAAAUUGAAUUUCAUAUUUAUAACAAGGCAUUAUUUCCUAAGCAAAAUGCCUUACUAUGCAGUAGCCAGGGGUCGAAAACCUGGAAUUUACGCUACAUGGGAUGAAUGCAGUGCCCAGGUUCUUAAAUUUCCUGGAUCAGUAUACAAGAAAUUUGCAACAGAAAGUGAGGCUCAAAACUUCAUAAAGGAGCGUUCUUCUUCAACUGAAGGAACAAAUUCUAAGAGCCUUAUUUCAUCGAAAAUUGUGAAAUCUGCAAGAUCUCAAACCUUGCCGAAACAGUUGUUUACACUUGGUGGUAAACAGUCUGCAAUAGUUCAGACAAAACCAUUAUCAUCAAUUUCAAAGAGGACUUUAUCUACAAGUGACGAUAGUAAUGAACACCCGAACAAAAAGAGAAAAAUAAUUGAUAUUUCAAACAAUUUAGCUCAGUGUCUUAACCAGGAUGACAAAGCGGAUUUUAUCGUGGAUGAAGAUGGCUAUGUGAACGUUUUUACGGAUGGUGCAUGCAGUUCGAAUGGAUAUAAGAAUGCACGAGCCGGUAUCGGUGUUUGGUUUCGAGACAAUCAUCCUUUAAAUAUAUCUGAACCGGUAAACGGACGACCUACUAACAACAUGGCAGAAAUCCAAGCUGUUACAGUAGCUGUGAGACAGGCGAAAAAGGCAGGAAUCAAGAAGUUGAAAAUCAACACCGAUUCUAAAUUUCUCAUCUCCUGCAUUACGCAAUGGAUGCCAGCGUGGAAGAGAAGAGAAUGGAAAACUGUGGAUAACAAACCAGUUAUAAAUAAAACAGAAUUAUUGGAAAUGGAGAAAGAAUUAGAGAACUUGACGGUUGCUUGGAAUCAUGUGAAUGGACAUGCAGGAAUUCAUGGUAAUGAAAUGGCAGACAAACUAGCAAGAGAAGGCUGUCUGCGAUAUAAAAACUAGUUGGAUAAAAGAUGAAAUUAAAAAUACUUCUUAUUAUAUCUUAGAUUAUUUGUUUUAUUUUUGCAUACAUAAACUUUUCUAUAGAAAACAUUAUGUAGUAUUUAUUGUACAUGAAAUCUAAUAAUUCACUUUUGUUAUACAAUAAAUCUAAUCUAUAAUU